ACUCGCCCAGUCGGAUUUCUGUGCAUGGAAGACGUUAUCUCCCACGAGCUUGCCAGUACAUUUGCCCGCCGCAAAAUCACCCCAUCCGACGUGGCGGACUGGCUGCACAUAACCCUCGACAGUGCCGGGGAGCUGCUCGUCCUCUCCGACGCGCGCGACCCCCGGCGCGAAUGCGAGCACUGCGUCCUGUCGCCCGACGGCACGCUCCUCGCCGCGUCGUUCGGGAACACCGAGGUGCUCGUGUGGCGCCUGCCCGACGGCCUGCUCGUGCAGCGCCUGAGCGACCAGGGCUGCGCGCACAUCGUGUCCGCCAUCGCCGUCGCGCCCGACGGCCGCACGCUCGUCUUGGGGUCGUGCGACACGACGGCGAUCGUGUGGGACGUGCGGAGCGGGCGAGCGCUGUUGCGUCUGCGCGGACAUCGCGCGCCGGUCGGCGCGGUGGCGUAUGCCCCGCAUGGCGCGCUCGUCGCCACCGCGUUCGAGGACGACGGGUCUGUGAAGAUUUGGGACGUCCAAACUGGAACGUGCUUGCACUCCUUCGCGGCCGACGUUGACGCCGUCAUAUCCGAACUCGCCUUUUCCCCGGACAACGCGCGCCUCUGCGUCGCGUCGUCCGCCUCGUGUCUCAUCAAUGAUGUCCAAGCGAACGCACGUCUCGCUACGUUGCGGCAUGACGAGAAGAGAUAGCUUCAAGUCCAGUGGUCGCUCUGCGGCGAUCGCAUCAUCACUGCCGGGGCACGCGAAGUGAAAGUUUGGAGUUCAGUCACCGGCAAGGAGCUCCACAGCAUCGCCCACCCGAAUGCACCGUCGGGCCCUGUCGCGCUCUCCCCAGACGGGACGGAAGUCCUGGUGGCAUGCGCCGCCGACAGGACCGCGCUCGCCUACGACGCGCGUACCGGCGUGCUGCGGCGCGUGUACAGGCUGUCCGAGACGCCAUGCCGCGCAGCAUACGCCCCGAACGGCGACAGCGUCGCGCUGUGCGGGGCGAGCGGGGCGGUGCAGGUGUUUGAUGCGGCGUCGGGGGCGUUCCUCGCAGGCUUCGAGGCGCUUGGAGACGUCUGCAAGCUGCGGUUCUUGCCUGACAGUCGGACUCUGGUCGUGCACCCCUCGUUCGGGCCGGCUCCGGCUGCUUUAUAUCCAGGAUGUGUUGCGAUUACGAUAGCAUACAUAUAGUGUGGCGAUGUCUGACUAUUCUAACUUCUUAUAAUCAAUAAUACGGAAACAUUGCUGU